UUAUACACUCAUGUUCGUUAAUUUGUUCACUAUCACAGAUUGUUCAGUCGUUUAUUCAUAAAGAUUACAAUAUAAAAAGAAAUUAUCUUUCGAAAAACAAUUUCUCAAAAUGAACGACGGAGAUUCGGCGGCUCUUGUCAUUGACAACGGAUCCGGACUGAUCAAGGCCGGAUUCGCCGGUGAUGACCGCCCACUAUUUGACUUCCCUUCGGUCGUUGGACGUCUGCAAACGGGCAUGGGACUUACAGGCAUAUAUCAUAAAGAUGCUUACGUUGGAGACGAGGCAGAGAGCAAGCGAGGAAUCCUCAACCUCAAAUACCCGAUCGAGUGUGGAGUCGUGACCAACUGGGAAGACAUGGAAAAGAUCUGGCACCACAUCUACUACAAAAAACUUCAAGUGGAUCCAAAAGAACGCCCGGUGCUGCUCAUUGAUACGCUUUUGAGUCCGAAAGAAAACAGGGAAAAGAUGACCGAAACGAUGUUCGAGAAAUUUAACACGCCAGCGUUACAUAUUACCAAUCAAAAUGUUCUGUCGCUUUACGCCUCAGGACGACCGACUGGAAUCGUAAUAAACUCUGGUGAAGGUGUAUCAUGCAUUGCUCCUGUGUUUGACCGUUUCUUAUUGCCUGAUAAAAGCGACCGACUGGAUUUUGCCGGAAAGGACGUAACUAACUACUAUCUGGAACUCUUGGAGAAGCGUGGAUACUCCUUCAUAUCAGAAAUUGUGCGAGAGAUCAAAGAGGAGCUGGCUUAUACUGCCCCGGACUUUGAGGCGGAACUUCUCACAGCUUCUUAUAGCUCCAGCCUCGAAAAAUCGUACGAGCUCCCCGACGGCCAGGUGAUUUCAACGGGAGUCGAGCGAUUUUCGUCUUCCGAGGUUCUUUUCAAACCCAACUUAAUAAACAAAAAUUCUGUUGGAAUCCACGAGGCAACAUUCGACUCAAUCAUGAAGUGCGAUGAAGACAUUCGAGAAGAUCUAUUUGCCAACAUCGUCUUGUCCGGAGGCACGACUUAUUUCCCCGGAUUUGCAGACCGCAUGGAAAAGGAACUCUCUUCCCUGGCGCCGAAAAAAACGAAGAUCAAGGUCAUCGCUCCUCCUGAGAGGAAAUAUAUUGCCUGGAUCGGGGGAUCUAUUCUGGCUUCUUUGAGCAGCUUCCAACAGAUAUUGAUCUCGAAGCAGGAGUAUGAUGAAUUUGGCCCCACUAUUGUGCAUCAAAAGUGCUGGUGAAAAUUCAAUUAUACAAAUUACAUAUCGAUAGUUUUGAUUAAACAAUAGUUCAUUAUUGUACAAUAGACAGUUUAUGCUUUUAAGCAAAAGAACUAUAAGCAAAAGAAUAAAAAUAACCACCAACGGAUUUAGGAAAGGGACGGGGGACGCCCCAUCUUCAGGGAUUCGACCUUAUACCGACCCAAAGGGUCCCCCUUUGUACUAAUUUGAAUAUCCAUUUUUGGCUGAAGGACCCUAAAAUUUUUUUAAAGGCGCCUUUGGUGCCAAUAUUUACUAAUUUUGAGGGGGACAGCGCCAAGAAACGCAAUUUUUUGUUCUUAAUGUUCCAAAAAAUGCCUUGGCCUGUUUUUUCAAACCCUGCGACACAGAAAAUUAGAAAAUUUACGCCAAAAAGGGUCUUCUUCGUGCUUUGGGAGAGCUCGGAAAAUCAAUUUAAUCAACCUUAAAAAAACGUCAACAAAAUUAUCAAAAAUUUUUUUAAAGUCCUUGUAAAAAUCCCAGAUCCGCA